CUUGUCCUUUCGGUUUUUCGCUGUCCUGUUCGCUGUUCGGUUGUAUUGUUCUCUAGGACAGAAAUCCAGAUUUGGUCUGCUGCACUUGAAUAUGCCUCACACAUUCUAUUACUGCCUUUAUUUAUUCUCUUUUUCCUUAAGAGAUGAUGACUUUUGCUUAGCAAUCAACAAGGGCCCCAAACAAUAAUGCAACUGCAAAUUUACUAUGCUUUUCUCAGCAUGGUUUCCCCUUUUUGUUAAGAAAUAUGGUUGCUUUUUUUUAAGACAAUGGAGAUGAGGAAAAAAGUAUGGUUGCUUAUAUAGUUGUAAAAUGAAUCUGGGAUUAUGCUGAUAUUACUUUGUAUCUGACCAUUCAAUUUCUGCCACAUUGCUGCAAAAAUUGUUGCUCUGAAUCUCUGAUUCCAGAGGGUUGGACAUUUGGUGCAUUGUGGGGAGCAGUCUGGUCCCACUUGCAAAAUCCCAGCACGGCAAGUUCUACGCCAGGAAUUGCUACAUCAUUCUGAAUACAACUGAGCUGAAAACCGGGGUUCGCCGCCAUGACGUCCAUUACUGGGUUGGGGAGGAGGCGAAAGAGAUUGUCUCCUGGCCUCAGACAAGGCUGUUGAGUUGGAUGCGGUACUGGGCUCCAACACGGUCCAGUACAGGGAAACACAGGGUGAAGAAUCUGACAAGUUCUUGUCGUACUUCAGACCGUGCAUUAUCCCGGUACACUCCCACCCCCCUUCACACAUGGAAGGAUCCAGGAGUAAAUCCAGCCAGACAACGAUGUUUAGGUGUGAAGGAGAGCAUGUUGCUCGUGUCACUGAAGUGGCAUUUUCACGCUCCUCUCUCGAUCACAAAGGGGUGUUUAUAGUGGACACGGCGUCAAAGAUCUUUAUUUUUAGUGGCUGUAACUCAAGUGUGCAGACAAGGGCUAAAGCAUUGGAUGUUGUUAGACAUCUGAAGGAAAACCGACACUCUGGCAGAUGUGAAAUUGCAGCGAUAGAGGAUGGGAAGCUUGUUGGUGACUCUGAUGCUGGCGAAUUUUGGAACCUAUUUGGAGGUUAUGCGCCUAUACCUCGCGACUUACCAGAAGCAGUCAGGGAGGAGUCGAUGAAUAUGCCAGCAGAGAAACUUUUUUGGAUUAACAAGAGAAUCCUUGUUCCCAUGGAGGCACAUUUGUUGGAUAGAGAAAUACUAAACUCAGACAGAAGUUAUAUACUGGACUGCGGCACUGAAAUAUUCCUAUGGAUGGGGAUGACAACACUGGUUUCAGAGAGGAAAACGUCUGUUACUGCCUUAGAAGAUUAUGUGCAUUCCCAAGGCAGAUCAUCGAACGUUCGUGCAGUUAUAAUGACAGAAGGUCACGAAACUGUCGACUUUAAGCUUCAUUUUCAGCAUUGGCCCAAAAUUGUUGAGAUGAAGUUAUAUGAUGCUGGGCGAGAGAAAGUGGCAGCUAUUUUCAAGCAUCAGGGCUACGAUGUCACAGAAAUUCCAGAGGAUAGACCUCAGCAGCUCAUCAGUUGUAAUGGCACUCUGAAAGUUUGGCUGGUGGACUGUGGUUGUACAACCCUCCUUAGCACUGAGGAGCAGGAGAAGCUGUACACCGGAGACUGUUAUAUUGUACAGUACAGCUAUGUUGAAGAUGGAAAAGAAUACCAUUUGUUCUUAGCUUGGUAUGGUAAGAACAGUGUAAAGGAAGAUAGUGUGGCCACAGCAUCACUGAUGUCUAGCCUGGCCAAUUCAGUCAAAGGGCAUCCAGUUGUGGCACAAGUGUUUGACAGCAGAGAACCAGAAUUGUUCUUCUCAAUCUUCAAGUCGCUGAUCAUAUUCAAGGGGGGCAGGAGUGCUGCAUAUAAGAAUCAUGUCGUACAGAAAAGUGAUAGAAAUGGAUGUCCUCAGAAGGAUGAGGUCGCCCUAUUCCGUGUUCAAGCACUCAGACAUGAUUGUGUGCAAACCAUUCAAGUUGAUCUGGUUGCGAGUUCACUUAAUUCUUCGCACUGUUAUAUUUUGCAAGAUGGCGGUUCUUUCUUUACCUGGUUAGGAAGCCUCUCUUCGCCAAGCGACCAUAAUAUGCUUGACAGGAUGAUGAACAAGUUGUGUCCAUUCAAACAGUCCCUGCUAGUCAGAGAAGGCUCUGAACCGGAUGACUUCUGGAAAGCGUUAUGUGGACGAUCAGAAUACUCCAAAGAAAAACGUGUCAAGGGUUGGCCUGCAGAUCCACAUCUGUAUUCUUGCAGAUUUGAACAAGGUUUGCUCAAGGUCAAGGAGGUAUUCAGCUUCUGUCAGGAUGACCUGGCAACUGAAGAGACAUUGGUACUGGACUGCAACAGUGAAAUCUACGUUUGGGUUGGACUCCACUCAGAUGUUACAUCCAAGGAGCAAGCACUCAAUAUUGGCAAGAUGUUCCUUCAGGAUGGCAUUCUUCACGACAGAAGAUCGAUUGAGACAACGGUGUAUAUUAUCACGGAAGGGGAUGAGCCAGCAUUUUUUACCGACUUCUUCAAGUGGGACAGUUCAAAGCAAUCAUCUAUGGUAGGUAACUCAUUCGAGAGGAAGCUGGCGCUCCUGAAAGGGUUGUCACCAAAAUUAGAGACACCGGACAGAAGCAUGCGCAGGCCGUCGCCGAGGAGGCUUGGUGUAUCGUCGGAGCCAACCACACCGGAGCACCAGCAGCAGCAACCGAUGGCGGCGAGGAGGGCAUUCGGCUCCGCCUCUGCAGGAAGGUUUGCCAGGGAGCGCUCACCAGCUGCAGCAUUGACAGCCUCACCACCAACCCCGUCGCCCAAGAGCCGCUCCUCGUCCUCGACGUCGACACCUACCGCGGUGGCACGGCGGCUCUUCCCCGCCUCCCUGCAUGCGUCGCAGGCUGUGCACGUGCUCUCCAAUGGCACAGCUCGGCGACGGUGAUGGCGUCGUAAGAUGAUAUGGACAUUGUGUAUGCAUCUGCAAUCGUGUGCCUUCAAAUUAAACCCCGUACAGUUGUACUAUACGAUGGAUAACAUGUGUCUACGUUCGUAUUUGAACGGCCCA